AUGGAGGCUGAGAAGUCCCAAGACUUGCAGUGGACAAGCUGGAGAUCAGCAGAGCUGAUGAAGAUCCAGGAAGAGCUGAUGUUUCAAUUCAAGUCUGAAGCAGCUGAGGAGACUCCGGCGCUCACCAUAGCUGAUGAAAAGCCCAAGGAAGGAGUCAAGUCUGAGAACAACGAUCAUAUUAACUUGAAGGUGGCGGGGCAGGAUGGUUCUGUGGUGCACUUUAAGAUGAAGAUGAAGAGGCAUACACAACUUAAUAAACUAAUGAAAGCCUACACACCUGCACAGUUGGAAAUGGAGGAUGAAGAUACAUUUGAUGUGUUCCAGCACCAGACAGGAGGUGUCUACUAAAAAGGGAACCUGCUACUUUACUUCAGAACUCUGUUCCUACAGACCAAGAAUACAUUCUUAAUUAGAAAACUGCAGUUUGGUUCCAUCACAU